AUGCCGCGGGGGGAGCCGUACACCAUGGCGUCCACGGAGCGGCAAGGAGGCCGGCGGAUCGUCAACUUCGAUCGCGGCAUGUACCGGAGGUUCACGGAGCAACAGGGCCGCCCACAGAGGACUGCAAGGGGCUGCUUCGCGGCGUGCGGGAAGCUCGCGGGGUGCGGGGCGUCGUCUGUGGAGUUUCUGUCGCGCACCACGCGCACGCUCGCGUUCGUCGUGGUGUUCCUCCUCGGCGCGCUGCGCUCCAUGGGGCCGUGGAUGCUCUGCCUCGCGGACCUCGCGGCGACGAUCGGGCUCUUCGCCGCCAUCGAGCAUCGUCAGCUGCACGACGCCGAGCACCUGCGCUUCGAGGGGUACAAGUUCUCGCGCUCCCUCGACGAUCUGGUCGGGCUGAGCGUGUGCCGCACGGCGCUCGUGGGCAUCAGCUACGCGCUCGCCCUGCUCCCGUCCAUCGGCUUCUACCCCUACCUCGGCGCCGCGUGGCUCACCGCGACCGUCAGCGUCGCCUGGGCGCUGGCCAAGGCGCUGGCCUUCACCUUCAGCCGGUCGGUGUACAACCCGCAGAUCGCCCUGAUCGUCGUGUCCGGCUUCUUCGGCUUCAUGCACCUCGCCGCGGCCUACCACUCCAUCUGGUGGCACCGCAAGCGCCGCGCCCUGGGCCUGGACGGCUGCGGCUACCCCUGGGAGGAGGGGGAGGACGCGUGGGUGCUCUGGGGCCGCACGACGACGCCGGGGAUCGCGGACGCGCCGCUCGGGGCCGGGGACCAGCGGCCUGAGCAGCUGGCGGACGCGGACUCGCAAUUCUUCGACUGCCGCGGCAUCACGGUGCACGUCAAGGUGGCGAGGCCGCACUGCGUGCCUGGGGCGCCGGCGACGGCGCGGACGGACCGCGCGGUGAUGCUCCUGCACGGGUUCGGCGGCGGGGUGUUCUCGUGGCGGCACGUGAUGCAGCCGCUCGCGGACAGCACGGGGUUGCCGGUGGUGGCGUUCGACAGGCCCGGGUUCGGUCUGACGGAGCGCGUGGUGCCCGGGGGCGUCAAGCACGACCCCGCGUCGGGCAAGGUGCGGGCGUGCGCGCCCAGCGGGUCGGACGAGACGCCGUACGACGUCCACGAGCAGGCGCGGAUUGCACUCGACCUGUGCGCGCAGCUCAACAUCGCGGAGGUGAUUCUGGCUGGACACGCCGACGGCGCGGCGCUCGCGCUCGUCACCACCGCCGCGGCCGCGCCGUCGCCGCCCGGCAGCGGCGCGACGGGCCGCUCGGGGCGCGACAGCCCGCGCUGCAGCGCCGCAGCGUCCCCGCACGCGCCCGCGCCGAGCUCGUCGCUCGCGGCGGCCGCCUGGGCGCGCAUCGCGGCGGUCGUGCGCUCCCCGGCGGGCUACAAGCGCCUCUCCGGCUCCAACACCCCGGGGGGGAGUUUCCCGGCACCCCACACCGUCUUCUCGCCGCGGGCCAAGCCCGCCGACGGGCCGCGGAGCUUCUUCCGGCCCGUCGCCUCCUGGGGCCGCAAGCGCGCCCCGCACGCACCGGAAUCGUACAGCGCGGACCUCGAGUCGGACCUCGAGGCCGGCAUCGGCCGCGCCGUGGCCAUCGCCACCGGCAGCGCGCCGAAACACCGGCGCGCGGCGUCCGCGGCCGCAGCCGGCCCGCAGGCCGAGCUCUCGCUGCGGCUGCGCGGGAGCGGCUCGCAGUCCCCGAACGCCGCGUCGUCGGCGGCGGGCACCGCGCUCUCGCCGCGGUCGUCGACGGAGCGCGACAACCUCCUCCGGCUGGCGCGGCCCGGCACGCUCAAACGCAGGCCGUUCAACCGCGUCGACGACGACGCGUCGUCCGCGGGAUCCGCGGAGAACGCGGUGGCAACGGGGUCGCACAAGGCACGCACGUCGGGGGCGUGGGGGCGGGCCGGGGGCGCGAACGGCGCGCGGGCUGCGAGCGGGGCGUCGACGCGCGUCAUCGGGAUCGCGCUGCUGCACCCGUGCCUGAUGGGCGAGGGCGUGCCGUCGCUGGCGGGGUCCCUGGCGCAGGCCGGCGUGUCGUGGCGCAUCCUGCGGCCGCUGCUGCGCGCCGAGGUCGGCGAGGCGGCGAACCGGCGCGCGUGGUACGACGCGUCGCGGCUCACGGAGGACGUGCUCGCGCAGUACCGGGCCCCGCUGCACGUGGAGGGUUGGGAGAUGGCGUUGACGGAGGUGUUGCGGCGGGCGGGGGGGGGACUGUUGCUGGACGAGGUGCUGGCGUGCCUGACGGCGGUGCGCGCGAGCGCAGUGCCCGCGCUGGUGGUGUCCGGCGACCAAGACCGCAUUUGCCAGCCAUGUCGGACGGGGAGUUUGGUGCGGCAUGGGCUUCCGGCGUGCAGUGCUGUGUGCCUGGAGCAGUGCGGGCACCUGAGCCACGAGGAGCGGCCCGAGGAGCUGCUGAGCGCGCUGGGGGGCCUCGCGGCGUGGUGCCAGGGGCAGCCGUGA